GGGAAGACGGAGCAGUACCGGAGGAAGCAUUCAUAGAAGCGCAACCUCCUGAUGUGCGGCUUAUUCAUCGUGUACGCGAUCUGAUCGGAAUCUGUUUUUCCCGAGUUCCCCAAGCAGAAACGCCGCAAGUGAUCGAAUACUUGCUGCAGCCGAUCACGCAAGCUGAGGUCCGCAACGGCAUGAGCCCACUGGGUGCACUGGAAGGAGUACAGCAUGAUGAAGGAGUACAGCAGGAUGAUGAACUACAGGGUACUACUACUAUUGCAAGUAGCGAAGCAGAAGGACAAGAAGGAGCCCAAGCCCAAACCGAACUAAGUACUACAGCGGAACAAACAGACAGCGCUUCUUCAACAACAUAUGCGCAAGCACCUUUGCGGACCCAUCCAGCUUGUCUCGAGACGCCAAGCGAUAGCCACAAAAGCGCAGAUUAUUUGCCCACG